AGAGUGUGAGAAAAAUAUUGCGGUCUCGAAUUCCUCAAAUGCCACCACUGUUUUCGGGCUAUCUUCCCCAUAUGGUAUACUCUGUCGCCAAUGUCUCUCUUUCUCUUCACCUCGUUUACCAGAGAAAUACUUUUGCGGAUGAAAGAGCACGCGUGAACGCACAGGAAUCUGUCCUGCAGUCAAUUUUGGACGAAUUACGAUCGAAUUCUUCACUGUCACCAGCUGAUCUUCAGAGGUUGAGGAGACUUGCUCGAAAUCCUGUGCACAAAGAAGAAGAGGUAAUGGUCGAAGAGAAGAUUAGCUGGAAGGAUGCUUUAUUGGGUCGGACAAAGUCUCGACGAUCUGCUGGUUCUGAAAACGAACCAUGACCAUAAUCUUGUCGGACAGUACUUACACCUCGUCUCUCGUAGCGACUAUCCGAGUCUAACGACACGAGCUAACGAGACGCAAACAGAUGCAGUGUAGUUUCAACUUCAUGCCCUAGGGCGGACAGUUACCAACGGGAAUAAUGAUUCUCUGUGCCAUAGGGAGAAGAGGUUUUGUUAAGCUUGUUUGGCAAUC